CUAAAACGUUCGAAUUUUGAAUGUAAAUCUCUAUCAUCAUCGUCGUCGUCGAAGUAGUCGUCGUCGUGGCCGUUGAUAAUCAUCAUCAUUUUUUUGUUGUUUGUUGGGCAUAUACUCAAUGAUACUUCUACUACAGAUUUUUUUUUUGUUGCUGUGAACAUUGUAUACAUGGUUAGAUCGUCGGCGUGUACGAGUACAUCAGGAUUUAUUUUGUUUUUGUUUUGUUUUGCUGCUGCUGCUCUAUUAUCGUUGUUGUUAUAUGAUUCGGUUAGUAUAAGUUGAUCGGUUAUUCUUGUUUUUUUUUGUUCUGCUUUUGAUGAUGGUUCGUUUGUUUUUAUUUCAUAAAUUCUUUGUCUUCUACAACUAAUACUACUGCUACUACUACUAAUUUAUCAUCAUCAUCAUCCGAUAUUUGUGGGUAUUCCAUUUAACAGCAUAUUGACAAGAAUAAUACAAUUGACAAGUGACCAAUAAUUGAUUCGAUUCUCAUAUAUAUCACAUUCACAUUUAAUUUUUUUUUUGGAUUCACCGCUAUAUCCCCUUCAGAAUUCUUUCCAGAAUUUGUUUCUUUACCAUUACUGGAACUAAACCAUCGUGUGUGUGUGUGUGAGUGUGUAUGUUUUGUUUCGAAUUCAAUUCUGGUUCUUUUGUUUUUGUUUUGUUUGUGUGCGUGUGUUACCGCCGAGCAACCGUUAAUUUCACCUGAAUCAUAUUUGUAUGCUUGUAAUUCACUGGUUUUUGCCAAUUUAAAAUUCAUCGAGUUUUUUUUUAUUAAAACGUGAACAUUUACUGUUUAUCAGUAAAAAAAAAUUCCAAUCCAGGUUUUUCUCGUUAUUUCUCUCAACAACAACAACAACAACAACUGGAAAAAAACAGUCUACGUAUCAACAAUCUGUUUUACUGUAAAUGAACCCUUUUUACUGUUACUGUGUUUGAACUGUUGAUUAUUGUUGUCACAUUUGUUAUCACCAAUUUUGUGUGUAAUGUGUGAAAUAUAAGUUGAUAAUCAGCAAAAAAAAACAAAACAAAACACACAGAGAAAUAACGACAACAAAAAAAACAGAAGAAAAGAAAUCAGAAUCAUCAUCAUCGUGUUUAUAAUAUCCUGGUUUCUAGCUGCAAGUGAAAUUUGACAAAAAUGCCGAAAGUUAAUCGAAAAUUUCCAAACAUGAAUCUAAUUGUACCACCUGAUGAUCCACCAUUGGUACAACCACCGCCAACAUCAAAUUUAAAACGAUCAACAAAAAUUCGUAUCAAUGGUACAACAAUUGAAAUUGAUCCAGAAAAUACGAAACCAGUAAAACAAUUGGGCCAUGGUGCAUAUGGUUUCGUUGAAUUGAUUGAACAUGAACCAUCCGGUAUUCAAUUGGCUGUCAAACGUAUAUGUGCAUCAAAAGUAUCCGAUCAGGAUCGUUUAUUUCGUGAUAUGGAUGUAUUGGUCAAAUCACAGGGCUGUCCACAUAUAGUCGAAUUUUAUGGCGCAAUAUAUUGGGAAAAUAAUCUCUGUUUAUUCAUGGAAAUAUUGGAUGCAUCGUUGGAUAAAUUCUAUAAAUUAGCAUAUAAAUUAAUAUCUAAUAAUAAUAAUAAUGAUGGCCAACAAAAUGAUCAUACAAAUGCAAUACCGGAACCAGUACUGGGACGUACAGCAUAUUCAGUGGUAUCCGCACUUCAUUAUCUACAUCAAAUGCGUGUCAUACAUCGUGAUAUUAAACCAUCAAACAUAUUGAUAAAUCGUCAUGGACAAAUAAAAUUAUGUGAUUUUGGCAUCUCCGGUUAUCUAGUGGAUUCGGUGGCCAAAACAUUUGAAGCUGGCUGUAAAGCAUAUAUGGCACCAGAAAGGCUUGUACCAAAUCAAAAAGGCUACGAUAUACGUUCAGAUGUAUGGAGUUUAGGCUUAACAUUAUUCGAAAUAGCAACAGGAAAAUUUCCAUAUCCAACCAAUGAUCUAUUCAAGCAAAUAAAAUCCGUUUAUGAAGAUGAUCCACCAAAAUUACCACAAGGACGAUAUUCACAACAAUUUCAUCAUCUAAUAGCUAAAUGUUUGGAAAAAGAUCACCAACAAAGGCCAAAUUAUUUACAAUUGUUAGAAUUUGAUUUUUUAAAAACAUAUCAAAAUAGUGAUAUAUCGGAUUUUGCCAAAUACGUGCUUGAUUCAGAACUAGUGAAUGAAACACAAACACCACCACCACCACCAGCAGCAGUAGCAGUAGCACCUGUAAUUGAAUCAAAUUGUUUGGCAACAUCACCACCAUCAUCUUCAUCAUCAUCAUCAUCGUCAACAACAAUUGAAAUGGAUAAUAGUAUUACCACCAUGAGCAAUAAUAACUGCAAUAAUAAUAAUAAUUCAUAACAUACGCCUACACACACACACACACUGAUUUAGAUUUGGCCGAAAAAAAAUGAUUAGAAAUCAACACCAACAGACGCAUUUCAUAAUUCAAAUCCAUUCAAAUGAUCAUCGUACCAUACUUUAAUCUAUCAUCAUUUCCAUAAUCAUCAAUUACAUCAUCAUAAAUUGCAUCAAUCACCAUCCCCAACCAAACGUGGUCGUUUCAAAAUUCAAAAUAAAAAAACAUUUGAAGUACAACAAAAUAGUGUGCCAUCUAUUGAUAGAUGUGAAAACAAUGUUUGUUUUCAUUUUA